AUGCGAUCGAAGACGGCGGCUGCCGCGGUCGAGGGGAAUAGCUCCGAAGAAGAGGCCGACGCCGAGGCAGACGCGCAGGCCGUGGAGCGAGCGAUGAGCAUCUGGACCCUCGAGUUCCACGAUCCCAUCUUGGAGAAGUCAUUCCGGAAACACUACCGGUCGUGGGUGAUACCGAGGAUUCGCGUCGGCGUCCAGAUCCAGAUGGCGCUGCACCUUCUGUUCGGCUCCCUCGAGCUGACCUGCGGGUACACCGCCGGGGCCGUGAUGGGGGUGCUUUGCCUCCGACUAGCGAUCAUGGUUUCCCUGACGGGCUUCUCGUGGAUGACUCUCGACAAGAAGUUCCACCGGGUCAUGGAUCCCUUGACCCUGGGUUUCUACAUGUUGAACAGCGUACUGCUGGUGGCCAUCGACGUAGUGUGCAGCGUACGGGGCACCGAGUCGACGUCCGACGGAGCUCCGCUUUACUUUUUCUUCGAGGGCAGAUGGUCCCUGCCAUCUUCGCUCCUCUUUGUGGUGGUUGUUUAUCACAUCAGUGGUCUGCGCUACAUGUACUCGAACAUCGUGGCGUGGAUGCAUUAUUUCUUCCUUUGGCUGGCAAUGGUCAGCGGCUUUUGCUGCGGGGACGGGUUCUGGUCGUUCUUCACGCAGUCCUCCGCACUUGUGCCCAUCCUCCUGGUGCUGUCGAUGAUUUCUUCCAACACGGUGGAGAGGCAGAUCAGAGAGGACUUCGUCCUACGAUGCAACAUUUCGAGCGAGAGAGGCAGAGCCGACGCGAUCUGCGCUUCGAUGCUCCCGGCGAGCGUUUCGGAGCAGCUGAAGGAGGGGACGGCGGCGGAGGCAGUGCUGCAGGAAUGGUCAGAGAUCACCAUCCUGUUCUGCUACAUCACGGGGUUCAAGGAGCUCACGACAAGCUGUGACCCGUACGAUGUUGUGGACUUCGUCAACUCGCUCUUCUCCAGUUUCGACCAGUGCACCGAGUAUCACCACGUGUACAAGCUGGAGGCCAUCGACUGCUCGUACCUUUGCUGCGCGGGGGGUGGGCAGGAGGGGGAGGGAGAAAACCUUGCCCCGCACGCGGAUCGAAUCUGGGACAUGGCGCUCAGCAUGCUGGCCGUCGCCGCCCACGGCAGCAAGUUACCAGCCGCUGUCGGAGCGAAAGAGUCUGGUAGUGGGGCGAUCCUCAAGAUCGGGGUUCACACCGGCCGGGUCGUGGGCGGUGUGUCGGGGGUGAAGUCGUACAGCUACCAUCUCUUCGGCGACACGGUAAACAUGGCUUCUAGAACAGCUUCGACAGGACUGCCGGGCAGGGUGCAGCUAAGCAAGUCUGCGUUUGAGUCCCUCUCCCCUGAAAAGCAGUCGGCUUGCGAGCUUCGCAGGGGCGUGGCCAUGAAGGGGAAGGGGUUGAUCGACACGCACCUCGCCAGCUUCGACCCGGACGGGCUCGGGCAGAGGCUGUGGAGGAACUUUCGACGCUUUGAGAAGAUGACAAAGGUCUAUGACCCCAACUUCCAGCACAAGGGGGGCGGAACCAAGAAAGGGCAAGACCAGGGUGUGUUUUCCCAAGAAGGGAAGAUUCACAUGAUCCGGGUAAAAAGGCUCAAGUUCACUCUCAAGGGGUCCAACUACGAGGACUCGCAGAACACGGCGUUAGGAGACGAGUUGGAGAAGGAGUACCAGCACCAAUAUAACGCGAGCCAUCUCCAGCACUUUCAGAUUUUCCUGCUGGUAGCGUGGGUGUGUGUUUGUGCCUCGAUAUACCUGGAUUUCUACCGGAGCCCUUCUGAGGUGACCAGAGCACGAGUGGGCAUCCGAGUCUCCGUGUGCCUUCUCCUGCUGGUCGUGCUCUUGUCCACGAGAGAUCCCAAGUUUGUUGGCUGGCUGCAGCCGGUGGGGGCCGUCACCGCGGUGAUGUUCUGCAUCUCGCUGAACGCGUUGCUUCUUCUAGUGCCCGAGUUCCACAUGAUGGACAUGAACAUCAUCAGCCUCGUCACGAUAUCAUUGCUCAUGGAUCUCCAAUACGCCUACGUGCUGGCGGUGAAUGUGGUUGACGUGGUGGCUUACACGGCAGCCAUGGUUGGGGCCCAAACACACCAUGGAGAGGACGUGGUGGGGUACCUCCUGUUCGUGUACGGGGCGGCCCUGAUCGGUAGCUACGCGUGCAACAAGAGGGAGCGAGAGUUUCGAUAUACAUACCUCCACCGUCGGAUUCUCGAGGACAACAAGGUGAAAGCGGAAGACCUGUUGAGAAACAUGUUCCCGAACGUGGAGCACGUGCGGGCCCUGGUGAAGGGGCGCCGCGUGGUCGACCACCUCGAAGACGUCACCAUCAUGUUCAGCGACCUCAAGGGGUACACACAGUGGGCCAGCGAAGAGUCGCCGAAGGAGGUCUACCGCGUCCUCAACAAGGUGUACACGGCUUUUGAUACCCACCUGGACGCCCUGGGGGUGUAUAAGCUCGACACGGUCGGCGAUGCUUUCGUGGUGGUUGCCGGCCUCGACGGUUUCAAGUCUCAGGAGGAUCACGCGAUGGCAAUGGUGAAGUACGCUUUCCGCACGCUGUUCGAGCUGGAACGCAUCAAGACCGAGGAAGACCUUAACUUCGAGAUGCGGGUGGGCCUGCAUACUGGGCCGUGCAUUGGUGGCGUCAUCGGAAGGCUCAAGCCUAGGUACCUCUGCUGGGGAAGAACACCUCUGAUCUCGAAUGAGCUGGAAGCCGCCGGAACACCGGGAAAGCUUCUGGUGAGCAGCGCGACGUUCGCGCAGCUCAACAAGCAGGUGCUGCUCACGCGGGGGCUCAAGUUUCGGCCCGGCGAACCCCUCCACGUCAAGACCUUCGACAAUCUGGCGGAUGAGGAGGUGCCGACAUUCUUCAUAGAGAUGGAUUCCAUCACGGCCUUCACUAUCCUGGCAAAUGAAAUCGCCGAGGACCGCGCAGCGGCAAGGCGAGGGUCGUCGGCGCAAAUGUUCGACGACGGAGAACUGACCGGCACGGGCGAAGAUGGAAGUCUCAAGAAAACGCUGCUCGGCGUCACCCGGCUCAAGCGCUUGUUUCACGGCAAAAGCAGCGAAGGUAGCACGGCAGACCCUGGCAUGUCGGAAGACGCUGCUGGGGUUGGGAGGACGAACAACCCAAGGCGACCAAAUCAUUUGAGUGCCACGGGCGUCGUCAUGAGCACCCAGAGCGCGUACCUUGCGAGCCCACCGGGUUCCCCGGAGAGCAAGCAGGUAUAG